AUGGGCCAGUGGUUAGCGUCCGCAUUCAAGUCGCUCCUGGGCAAGCAGGAGGUGCGCAUUCUGAUGGUGGGCCUUGACGCUGCUGGUAAGACGACAAUUCUGUACAAACUUAAACUUGGUGAGAUCGUUACAACGAUUCCCACGAUCGGGUUUAAUGUGGAGACGGUGGAGUACAAGAACCUCAAAUUUACCAUGUGGGACGUCGGUGGCCAGGACGUUCUGCGCCCGCUGUGGCGUCACUACUACCAGAACACGAACGGCCUCAUCUUUGUCGUGGACUCCAAUGACAGGGAGCGUAUCGGUAAGGCGCGGCAGGAGCUGGAGAAGAUGUUCACAGAGGACGAGCUUCGCAAUGCCGUGCUUCUUGUAUUUGCCAACAAACAAGACCUUCCCAAUGCCAUGAGCACGACGGAAGUGACGGAGAAACUGGGCUUGCACUCCGUGCGUCAGCGCAACUGGUAUAUUCAGGGAUGUUGUGCCACUUCAGCUCAAGGCCUGUAUGAAGGUCUUGAUUGGCUUGCCGCAAAUAUUAAGAAAACCUCACAAUAG